CACACUGUCAGCUGUCAUAUUUUGACAAUUCAAACUUGUCAAAGUUUCCCUUUCAUUUACAAGGGUAAAUAAAGUUUUAAAAUACCCUUGUUUUGAAUUAAAAAUACCAAGAAACUCCCAAAUUAGUCUACCACGGCACUCUCCUUGAAGCUGUGACCGAUAUCGAAGUUUGUCGCCGACUCGCCGAGGCCAGCAGUUGUGGUCCGGCCGUGUAGCGAGCUGGUGCCGUGUGCGAGUAGUACAUACCAGUAAAGAUGAGCGUGCAAUCUGACUCGGAGAAGCGCAAGCAGAUCUCCGUCCGCGGGAUCGUGGCGGUGGAGAAUGUGACGGAGGUGAAGAAGGCGUUCAACAAGCACGUCCACUACACGCUGGUGAAGGACCGCAAUGUGGCCACCCCGCGCGACUACUACUUCGCGCUGGCCCACACCGUGCGGGACCAUCUCGUGUCCCGCUGGAUCCGGACACAGCAGUACUACUAUGAAAAGGAUCCCAAGCGUGUCUACUACCUAUCUCUGGAGUACUACAUGGGCCGUUCCCUCCAAAACACGAUGAUCAACCUGGGCAUCCAGGGCACAGUGGACGAGGCCCUGUACCAGCUGGGUCUGGACAUCGAGGAGUUGGAGGAGCUGGAGGAAGAUGCUGGUCUGGGUAAUGGAGGCCUCGGAAGAUUGGCUGCCUGUUUCCUGGACUCCAUGGCCACCCUGGGGUUGGCAGCUUAUGGAUAUGGCAUCAGAUACGAGUACGGCAUCUUCACGCAGAAGAUCGAGAACGGCGAGCAGCAAGAGGAGCCCGACGACUGGCUGCGCUACGGCAAUCCGUGGGAGAAGGCGCGGCCUGAGUUCAUGCUGCCCAUCAACUUCUACGGCAGGGUCGUUGACACGCCGCAGGGGAAGAAGUGGGUGGAUACUCAGAUCGUGUUCGCCAUGCCGUAUGACAACCCCAUCCCCGGGUAUCAGAACAAUGUCGUCAACACGCUGAGGCUCUGGUCCGCCAAGAGCCCCAACGACUUCAACCUUAAGUUCUUCAACUCCGGCGACUACAUCCAGGCAGUCCUGGACCGCAACUUGGCGGAGAACAUCUCUCGCGUUCUCUACCCCAACGACCACUUCUUCGAGGGGAAGGAGCUGCGGCUGCGGCAGGAGUACUUCAUGUGCGCGGCCACUCUGCAGGACAUCGUGCGCCGCUACAAGUCAUCCAAAUUCGGCUGCCGGGACGCCGUCAGGACCACCUUCGAUAGCUUGCCCGAAAAAGUCGCCUUACAACUCAACGAUACCCAUCCCGCUUUAGCCAUCCCAGAGCUGCUGAGAAUCUUGGUGGAUAUAGAGAAUGUGCCGUACGAUCAAGCCUGGGAUUUGGUGGUUAAGUGCUGCGCGUAUACUAACCACACGGUGUUGCCGGAAGCGCUGGAGCGCUGGCCCGUAUCGAUGCUCGAGAAUGUGCUUCCACGUCACAUGGAGCUGAUCUAUCAUAUCAACUUCCUGCAUCUGAAGGAGGUGGAGAAGCGCUGGCCCGGUGACUUCGACAAGAUGCGCCGCAUGUCGUUGAUUGAGGAGGAAGGCGAGAAGCGAGUCAACAUGGCAAAUCUGUCGAUCGUGGGGUCCCACGCAGUCAACGGAGUGGCAGCCAUCCACUCAGACAUCCUCAAAGUGACCAUCUUCAAGGACUUCUACGAGAUGUGGCCGGAAAAGUUCCAGAACAAGACCAACGGUAUUACCCCGCGGCGCUGGCUGCUGCUGUGCAACCCUGGUCUCUCUGACCUGAUCUGCGACAAGAUCGGCGAAGACUGGAUCGUCCAUUUGGACAAACUCAGCGAAUUGAAGCGCUGGGCUAAAGACCCGGCGUUCCAGCGGGCCGUCAUGAAAGUCAAGCAGGAGAACAAACUAAAACUGGCUUCUUUAAUCGAAAGAGAUACAGGGGUGAAGAUAAACGUGGCGUCGAUGUUCGACGUGCAAGUGAAGCGUAUUCACGAGUACAAGCGGCAGUUGCUGAACAUCCUGCACGUGAUCACGCUGUACAACCGCAUCAAGCGCGACCCCUCGGCAGUGGUGACUCCCCGGACCGUCAUGAUCGGCGGGAAGGCGGCUCCUGGAUACUACACGGCUAAGUGGAUUAUAGCGCUGGCUUGCGCCGUCGGCAACACCGUGAACAACGACCCCGACGUGGGCGACAAGCUGAAGCUGAUCUUCUUAGAGAACUACCGCGUGACGCUCGCGGAGCGCGUCGUGCCCGGCGCUGAUCUCAGCGAGCAGAUCUCGACGGCGGGAACAGAGGCAUCGGGUACCGGCAACAUGAAGUUCAUGUUGAACGGAGCUCUCACUAUCGGCACGAUGGACGGCGCCAACGUGGAGAUGGCGGAGGAGGCGGGCGAGGAGAACUUCUUCAUCUUCGGCAUGAGGGUCGAGGACGUGGAGGCGCUGCAGAAGAAGGGAUACAACGCGAACGACUACUACGCCCGCAACCCGGAGCUCCGGCAGUGCAUCGAGCAGAUCCGGUCCGGGUUCUUCUCGCCGGGUGAGCCGGGCAAGUUCGCGCCGCUGGCCGACAUCCUGCUCCAACACGACCGCUUCCUGCACCUCGCCGACUACGACAUGUACGUCGCCGCGCAGGAGAAGGUGGCUGAGGUCUACCAGGACCAGGCGAAGUGGGCAGAGAUGGUGAUCAUGAACAUCGCGUCUUCUGGAAAGUUCUCUUCGGACCGCACCAUCGCGGAGUACGCUCGCGAGAUCUGGGGCGUCGAGCCUUCAUGGGAGAAACUACCUGCCCCCUAAGCUACUCUCCACCCUAAAUACAACCCUGUAAAGUCGCAUUUUGUGUAACCGUCAUCGCAGUUUUGAUGAGCGAGAGAGAACAUAGUCCUCUGUAUCUUUUAUUUAAAUGUCGAAUUUGAAAAUCCCUGUGAAUGUUUGUUUAUCUCUCUAAUACUAAACUGUUUUAUUUACAUACUUCUAGUCCUAAUCAAUGUCUAAAAUAUAAAAAGAGCGUUAAAUAUGAAAUGUAGGUUUUAGAGUGAAAGACUAAGGUCUGUUAUAAAUGUUAUAAUA